AUGGCUUCUUCGUGGGAUCUCUUGGACCCGGAGGAGGAGGCCGAACUUCACAAGUCGCGAUUGCUUAAUGUGGAGGAAAAGCCCUUCAAAAGAAUCACAAAGCGUCUCAACAGCUUAACGACAAUCGCUGCACCUACCGGCGCCUCGAACGGUACCAACCCGCCAUCCAGCGAAGCCAAGGGCAAGCUCGAGCAGCUCAAAGAAGAGCUUGCCCUCGAUUUUGCUGCCUUUGACAGCUCCAUCACGCGCCUGCAGUUCCUCCACGAUGCCAACAUCCGCGAACGCGAACGCUAUGCGGCCGACCAAGAUCGCAUCCUCGCCGAAUGCCAAGCUGUCCGACAAAACAAUGCGCAACUCAGAGAACAGCUCGAAGCUGCUCAGGCCACCCUAGCACAACGCAAGAAGUUCGACGAACUGGCAGAGAAGAUAACAUCGAAUCGACUACUUAGGCCACGAGAAGACCAGAUUGCCAACCUCGCCAAGCUUGAGGAGGAGUGUCGCGAACUCGAGCGCGAGAGCGAGACCUACAACGAGACAUGGAGGGAACGUCGGGAUCAGUUUAACCGAAUCAUGGAGGAGGGUAUGCUUCUGAGACGGCAAAUCCGCGACGAAAAGGAGGAAGUGGACCGCCGCGAAGGCAUGAACGAGGACGCCGAGGACGAUGGCGAAGUGGAUAAGGUCGGCCAGACGCCCAGGAACGAGCCCAGCGGGAAUGCAACACCACAUCCAGAUGGGGACAGCCAGGCCAAGGCAGACGUCGAAGCUGGCACACCAAACCCUGAUGCCCUUAAUGGUGGAAGAACACCCAUGAGGGACACCCCGGGCCCAGACACUCUAAAACCGCUGCCUGGACACGUUGGGUCUCUGGGACGCGAUGGAAGCCUAGCUCCUAGUAGAGAUGCCUCCCCCAUGCCACAACACGAUGAGCGCAAGGCCGAGUCAGGGGAGGAUGUUGACAUGGAGGAUGAGGCUACGAGCCGGGUUCGUGAUGAUGGAGGAAACACGCCCCGGGUGACCAUUAAGCCACCUGAGGCCAACGAUGACAAGAUGGAGGUGGAUAAUUAG